CGUGAAUUGAUUUAUCAGCGUUGAUGACUUGUGAGGACUUGAUGCCAGUAAGGGAAUAGCUGCUAUCAUGGUACAUUGGGUCUGUGGUUGAUUAACUUCUUCAUCCUUGUUUCAUGUUUCAGACGAUUCCUCUGUUAGUAAUUGUGACGGAGGGAGCCAAUAACAUAGCCAAAGGGUAGGCACAAAGGGCAACUGCUGGCUCAUCAUCAUCUUCCUCACCCUUGCGACCGGAUGCAGGUUUAGGGUAUGGAUAUGCAGACAGGGACAACAUCCAACCAAGAGCUCGAACGUGGGCAACUGCUGGCUCAUCAUCAUCUUCCUCGCCAUCAUGACCAACUAGAUGCAGGUUUAGGGUAUGGACAUGCAGAAAGGGACAACAUCCAACUAAGACCUCGAACGUGGUGCUGUAGGAACCAUUGUGUUGAUGUUGCCUCUGAUGUUAACCACCAUGGUUUAUGUGGGAUUAGAUGACAUCUUUACCUGGCAGUGCUGUUGGGGAUUCUGUAUCAGUACAAACAUUAGUCCGCUUAACUGUGGCAGAUUCAGAAAUAGAUUUCCUUGGGGGAGCCUGUGCUUCUAAUUCGAUGGCAUGUCUGCAUUUGCACAACCUUUGCCACCAUUGCCUUUUCCAUUACCUCCUCGGCCACCACCAUUGCCUUCCUCUCCUAGACUGCCCAGUCACCACCCUCAGCUUCUAUCGAAGAGCAGCCUGGAAGUAUUGCCUAGUCACUGGCUUUAGCGUCCAUCGAAGGGCAACCUCAAAGAAUUUGAUUCAGUAAUAGAUGUUUGAUUAUUUUAUUCAAAGAACAGAAUCUGAAUCUCUUUCUUCAAAUAAAAAAUAUACAAAAAUAAAUUAGCAAAAGAAGGUGAGAAAUAAAUUAGAAAAGAGGGUGAGAAAUAAUGAUCAACAUAAUCUCAACCGUCGGAUCAUUUGAACUGACCUCACACUGCAACUCUUAACUUACACCCGGACACAGACGACAAACUCUCUUUAAGUACAUAUUUUCCGCCAAAAAUCCGGGGAUAGUUUUAGGACCCUUGACAAAACACAAACUCGUCCCUGAGUUUUCACUCAUCCCAAAGAUCCCAUUUCAUCUCCCGUUCACUUUCAUCACUUUUCACUAUUUAAUAUCUCGAAAGGCAACAACAAAAAGAAAAAACCCUUUCUUUCUCUCCUUUUUCCCAGCAUCCAAACAUCCAACUUUUUCUUUCUUUCUCAAUUCCUGGAAAAUUUCCCAGGGACUCUGAAGCUGCUUUAAUUCAAGUAGAAUGGCUUCUUCAUCAUCGUUUUCUACAUGCACUCUGAAUAGGGGCUCGUUUGCUACAAAAGCAAUAAAUUUCAAAGUGUUCAAGUGCAAUUUCUCAAGUCUCCUUAAUAGACUCCCUGUUAGUGCUAAGUUAUCUGCUGACUUUACCUGUUCAAGAUUGUUAACCAGUGACAAAUCUCUGAAAUUGGAUCAAAGCCAAAGGCUUUCAAGGAAUGGGGUGCAGUGCUGUGCGUUGGAAGUCGAGGAUGUACCUACAUUUACGAUGGGGAAGAAGUUUCAACUUGAUGAUGUGAUUGAAGCUCAACAAUUUGAUAGAAAUAUUCUAAAUGCUAUAUUUGAAGUUGCACGUGAGAUGGAGAAUAUUGAGAAGAAAUCGCCUGGAAGUCAAAUUCUCAAAGGUUACCUGAUGGCCACCCUUUUCUAUGAGCCCUCAACUAGAACUAGACUUUCAUUUGAGUCUGCCAUGAAGCGGCUAGGUGGUGAAGUUCUGACAACUGAAAAUGCACGAGAGUUUUCGUCAGCAGCAAAAGGAGAGACACUUGAAGAUACUAUAAGAACGAUUGAAGGGUACUCUGAUAUAAUUGUGAUGCGACACUUUGAAAGCGGUGCUGCUAGAAGAGCAGCAGCUACUGCAGGCAUUCCUAUUAUCAAUGCUGGUGAUGGUCCUGGACAACAUCCCACCCAGGCCCUUUUAGAUGUCUACACCAUAGAAAGAGAGAUAGGAAAACUGGAUGGCAUCAGAGUUGGGCUUGUAGGAGAUCUUGCCAAUGGAAGAACAGUUCGUUCUCUUGCCUACUUGCUGGCAAAGUACCAAGAUGUGAAGAUCUACUUUGUCUCCCCUGAUGUUGUUAAAAUGAAGGAUGACAUUAAAGAUUAUUUGACAUCAAUGGGUGUGGAGUGGGAAGAAAGUGCUGACUUAAUGGAAGUGGCCUCUAAGUGUGAUGUGGUGUAUCAAACUCGUAUUCAACGAGAACGGUUUGGAGAGAGAAUUGAUCUUUACGAAGAAGCUCGAGGUAAGUAUAUAGUGGACAAGGAAGUGCUAAAGGUGAUGCAGAAGCAUGCUGUGGUCAUGCAUCCUCUCCCAAGGCUCGAUGAGAUCACCGUGGAUGUUGAUGCAGAUCCAAGGGCUGCCUAUUUUAGACAGGCAAAGAAUGGUCUUUACAUCCGGAUGGCCCUUUUAAAACUAUUGCUUGUUGGGUGGUGAAGGAAUUGUUCUUUGUUCCUUUCCAAAUUUUGACAUCUAUUAUCUCAGCUUGCUUGGUUCCUUUAUGAAUCUAUGAACAACAUUUGACAAGCAAAAUGAAAAGUUUGGCUUGAAUUUUCAAAGAUGAUUGGUAUUUUUGUUA